GUUUGAAAUACCUUGUUGCUGGUUCACGCGUAUUUGCAGGCAUAACAGGCAAGAGGCAGAGAGAGAGAGAGUUGGCACAAGAGUAGGAAAAGAGAGAGAGAGAGAGAGAGCAGUGUGUGGGUCUCCUGGGGAGAAGCACACAGUCAAUAUCCAGGUCUCCAGUAAACAUCUAUGAGCCUCCAUCUAUAAAGCUGCUGUGCUACUGCAUGGGAGCAAGGAGCAAGGGCAAAAAUAUCUGCUUCAAUUCCAGUUUCAUUAUCAGUCUGGUCGAGGACAAACAGCAGCAGAUCUCCAGCAUUGGACAGUAGCUAGUUGCAGCGAGAGCAGCUUGUUAGGAGGUCUUUUUCUUUAGAUGCUGGAAAGUCGACACAAAGUGAACAGAGAUCAAUCAACUGAACAGAAAAUGACAGCUGCAGCAGGUCAGGAACUUGACGAGCUGUGUUACCUGUCGGCGCAGUCCAUGUCGACCCUGAAGGUCUCCAACCACUUCCAGGUGGUAAAACUCCUGGGAGAAGGAUCCUAUGGAAAGGUCAUGUUGGCCGUACAUAGAAAGAGAGGAACCCCGAUGGCUCUGAAGUUCUUCCCUCGUGAGUCUACCUCUCUCACCUCUUUCCUGCGUGAAUACAAUCUCUCCCUUUCUUACUGCACCCAUCCUUCUCUGACACGGGCGCUUGGCAUCUUCUUUUCCACACCUACCUACUAUGUCUUUGCCCAGCAAGCUGGUCUCUAUGGUGACCUCUACAACGUAAUAGUGUCAGAGGACGGGGUGGAUGAAGAAUGUGUCCAGAGGGUGAUGUCCCAACUGAGCGGUGCUGUUAUGCACCUCCACUCUCUGGGCUUCGUGCACCGUGACAUUAAACCUGAGAAUAUCUUCCUGUGUGACAGUUCCUGUCGCUGGGUCAAGCUGGGUGACUUUGGUCUCACCCGGGCCAUCGGCUACACUGUUCGCGGCGUCUGGUAUGACUCGCCCUUCUGUACUCCCGAGGUGGAGCCUGCCAAGGAGGCUCAGAAGGAGAGGGAGAGGAGGGAGUGUGAAGGAACUGAGGAGGAGAUGGAAGACCUUUGGAUAACAGUGGAGCCCUCUAUUGACAGCUGGGCCCUUGGUGUACUCAUCUACUGCCUAUUAACUGGCUGCUUCCCCUGGGAGGAGAGCACCCAUGAUGACCAUGGCUACAGAAGAUACAAGCAGUGGUUUGACCAGGAGGAGAAGAUCAGGGGAGGCGAGUGGAGGGGUGAGGAGGACAUUGACAGUUACACAAUCAUGAAGGCAAACCACAGUGACAACCCUCCGCCUUCCCAGUUUGAGGGCCUCAGCCCAUUUGUGAUGACUCUUUUCCGCGAGCUGCUCCACCCGCAGCCCAAGCAGCGUGGAAGCCCAGAGGAGAUCCUGAGUUACCUGGGAGGGCCAUGGCUGAUGGAGACAGCGAUAGAGGAGAAGAGGAAAGCAGAGGAGGCAGAGAAGGAGGCCAGAAAAAUAAGAGAGGGAGGAGGAGUAGGAGAGGAGCUGGUGAGGGAAGGAAGGGGGGAGAGAUAAACUUUGUCUGUAUAAAAUGAUUCAUAUUCAUGGAAUUGUUUUGAUAGUUUUUCGAUGAAUGUUUGACGUUGAAAAAAAAGCUGCAAUAUCUUUUUUAUGUAUGCUUAUAGAUAUGAAUGUAUACAGUACGAGGUGCUGUAUUUUUAAUAUUUUUGUAAAUAUUCUUACUAGAGUUAUCACUUCUAUUGUUGUAUAAAUUCCAGUAUGUAUAUGUGUGUCUUAAUAAGAAGAGUCUAGAUAAAACAAGAAAAGUUUGAUGUCUGAAAGCUUGAGUUGUAUUACAAUGCCUGUAAAAAAAAUUGUAUUGGAGUUGUUGUCUUAAUAAAAUAAAGCUCUUGUAAUUAAAUUAAA